AUGGCCUCGACAGGCCUCCUCCUCGCGGUCGUCGUCAUGGUCGGCCUCAUCGCGAUGCUCGCAGUGCUAUGGUUACUGAGGCGUAGGUACACACUAGCACACUCUGCCACUGAAAGAGCCGCCGUCGGCGGCAAGGCGCUGAGCGCCGCCUCCGAAGCCCACCGAGAGGGGAAGACUGGAGGCGCCACGAUAACGCAGUCGCCCUUACUCACGGAUCACAAAACAACCGAAGCGGCGACGUCGGCGGCUGCGGAGCCGACUUCAUUUGGGCCCCUCAGGGGUAGGAAGUCCGUUGACAAGGCGGCGGAGGGCGCCAGGUCGCCCGGCUGCUUCAUCGUGGACGCGGCCCGCAGGGCUACCGUCACCGUGAGCCGCGCAGUCAAGCAGCAGACAGCAAACGUACUGGAGGCCCUUUCGUCCAGCGCCGACGCUGUAAAGGUUUUGGACCAAGCUAAGACAGGUUCAACAGGGACGCAGCAGGGAAGUUCCACGACGAGAGUCGCUUCCAGCGGUGACCGUGUGGUAGCUAAGGCGAAGCAGGUCCCUUCACCUCUUCCUCAGGAGAGCCAAGUUAUAACGGUGACGGCCCUCGCGGACAAGCAGGCUGAUCUGCCAAAGACUGAGGCCAGCGUCCACAGAAAGGCCGCACGCUUCCGCGCCCGCUACGCAGGCACUCCUUCCUCGAAACGGAAGCGCAAGUCUUUGUCUCAGCCGCAAGGCGAAGUCGGAAGCCUGACCUCGUCCACACUGGACAAGAAGCAAGCCGGCAGCAGGCCCACGGCCUCCCUGUCGCGCCGGAGGUCGUCGACCAGGUCCAGGAGCUCUCGAAAGUCUGCCCGGAGCGACAUAAAACCCGAGGGCGCAUGGUCUGAGGACGUGUCCCCUCCGCCAGGCUGGCUAGAUGCUUCCAUCGCCCGCGACCAGAGUUCGUCCACCGGGCCCACAUCUGACGUCAUCCCCCAGGGACACUCGUCCGCAACGGAUUCCUCUCCCGUGUGGCCUCCGCUAGUCGCCCUGUCACCCGUGGUCCCCAAUUUGGACAUAUUCUCGCGGGAACUUACUCCUAACCUGCCAGCGUCGCCGGCCGCGCCAGCUGGUGGCAACCUGCCGUACCAGCCACCCACGCCUCUUGUGGGCAACAAGGAUAUUUUCUCGAGGGAUCUCUCGCCCAACAUGCCGGCGUCACCGGCCGCACCAGCUGGCGGUAACCUGCCGUACCAGCCACCAACGCCGCCUGUGGGCAACAAGGACAUCUUCUCGAGGGAUCUCUCGCCCAACAUGCCGGCGUCGCCGGCCGCACCAGCUGGCGGUAACCUGCCGUACCAGCCACCAACGCCUCUUGUGGGCAACAAGGAUAUCUUCUCGAGGGAUCCCUCGCCCUACAUGCUGGCGUCGCCGGCCGAACCAGCUUGUGGCAACCUGCCGUACCAGCCACCUACACCCCUUGUGGGCAACAAGGACAUCUUCUCGAGGGAUCUCUCGCCCAACAUACCGGCGUCGCCGGCAGCACCAGCUGGUGGCAACCUGCCGUACCAGCCACCUACACCCCUUGUGGGCAACAAGGACAUCUUCUCGAGGGAUCUCUCGCCCAACAUACCGGCGUCGCCGGCAGCACCAGCUGGUGGCAACCUGCCGUACCAGCCACCCACUCCUGUUGUGGGCAACAACGACAUCAUUUCGAGGAAUCUCUCGACCAAUAUGCCAGCGUCGCCGGCCGCACCAGCUCGCGGUAACCUGUCACACCAGCCACUCACGACCCCGGUGGCCGACAAGGACAACUCUCAGGAUCUGUCACCUAAUAUACCAUCUUCGCAGACAAGCCAUGAUACCGAUGGCGAAAGGAAGAUUCUGUCGGUGCCACCGCCGAGUGCUCCUUGA